AACAAUUUCUAAACGUCAAUAGAUGAAGAUCGUUGUGCGCAUAUUUUCUACCAUUGUGAAAUUUUUCAAUCAUUGUCAAUUCCUAGAUCAUUUGAUAAUAUAUGGUGCAUCAAUUUAAGAAUAAAGUGAUAAGUAGUUUCGUCGCUUUUACAAGAUGAUAGCUCGCGCUUUGUUUCUUCUGGCCUGGAUCACGUGGUCUUGUGUAGAGCUCAAACCGUUGCAGUCCCAGAAACUUCUCGUUGUUCUUUUGGAUGGUGUCAGGUGGGACUACGUGGACAAGUUUGACAUGAAGAGUUUGAAGCGCAUUCAUACACUUGGUGCAAGAGCUGGCUACAUGAAAAGUGACUACCCUACCCUCUCCUUCCCGAACUACUACACUAUUAUGACAGGUCUUCACACAGAAAGCCACGGUAUAACAGGCAACUUCAUGUAUGAUGACGUCAAACACGAGGCUUUCCUCAAUGGCAUCAACAAAGACUCCUUCAAGGCCCACUGGUGGGACGGUGGGGAGCCUCUAUGGGUUACAGCUGUUUUACAGAAGAAAAGCAGCUACAUGUUCUAUUGGCCGGGGUGUGAGGUGACCAUCAGGGGCGUCACCCCAACCUACUGUCGUAACUUUACAUACGAGCAGACGUUGGAAGACUUCCAGGAUGCUCUAGACGAGAGCCUGCAACUGCUGACCACUGGAACAACGGACUUGGCAGUCGUGUACUAUCUACCAACGGAUUCUAUCGCCCACCAGUAUGGCGUCGAGUCAUCACAAUUAGCACAGACUCUUCGUGACGCAGAUGGAGCGAUGGGUGACGUCAUCGAUUACAUCAUCAGAUACAAACAGUUUCAGAUCAACCUGUUGGUGGUGUCAGACCAUGGCAUGACACCUGUGGACACGUCUAGAACCAUUGACCUCACACCUGUCUUAACCAGCGAGCCGAACCUGUACACGAUCAUCGUAGAGGCUGGGGCUGUGACCAACAUUUUCUCCCCCACCCCAGCUGCUGUGGAUAAGGUGUACACCCUACUAAAGACGUUUAGCCCUCACAUGAAAGUCUACAAAAAGUCGGACAUUCCCAGCAGGUUUUUCUACAAGCAUGGAAAGCAUGUCUCCCCUCUCACAUGUGUGGCUGACCUGGGAUGGACCAUAAUUCAUCCUUUCUCCGGUUUCCCAACGAAGAAGAACUCCACAUUUGUCGCCAGCCACGGGUACGACAACAAUCAAGCAGACAUGAGGGGAAUAUUUUAUGCUGUUGGACCAAGUUUCAAACCCCAGUCAACCGUGGACUACAUCAAUGCUGUCGACCCCUACAACAUCAUGUGUUCCAUUCUCGGACUCCGCCCCGCCCCAAAUAAUGGGUCAUCACUCAAGAUUAACCGACUCUUGAAAAAAUCAAAACCUUGACGCUAGAAUAGAUUUUCUUCUGACGAAUAUCAGUCAAUGUGUGGUAUCGUAGUGUGGUAUCGUCGUGUGGUAUCGUGAUUGGUAUCGUGAAACAGGAACAGAACAAUAAAUCUUGAAC